AGCUGCAGUGGUCAGUAGGACUUUAGCCCUCUGUGAGAAGGAGCAUCAAGAAUACCGUCUUAGGAAUUUUACAUGACCGAGAGAGCUCAGUGUGGGGUACCGGUGGGGCCACCUCGGGCCAUGCUGGGAUUUUUCGCGGGAUGAGAGCCACAAGGAGCCGGGCGCACUGGGAAUAUCCAGGGCGCCGGUAGUGUGCAUCGAGUGGGGUGGCAGCAGGAGGACAGGCUCACGGCGGGGUCGGUCCUUCCUGAUGAUAAAGCGGGUGUCUCGGCCGAUGAAUGUGGCCCGAGAGUCAAGAUGAUUGCGGCUUUUUUCCCUUUGAAGAAACUGCGUCGAAACGGCAGGUAUCUUCUGUUCGGGGCGAUUCUUCUGGUGGGGGUGUUUGCCGUCUACCAUGAGCUUGUCGCUGCGAAAGCAUGGAGCAGUGACACCGGCAUGAAUGUUGGCGCUGGCAGCUGCUGGAGGAGAGUCAUGUUUGACGACAGGACCGGGAAAGACCAGCAACCAAUCUCUGCAGACAAUUCUGCUGCCUGGAGAUCCAGCUUCAUUCCACAAACCUGGAAACCUGAGUAUAAGGGACAGGCCAAUCUGCAUGUCUUUGAGGACUGGUGUGGCAGUUCUAUGGAUGACCUCUUCAAGAACAUGCACUACCCGCUCUAUCCUCAUUCCAGGACUACAGUGAAGAAACUGGCUGUCACUCCUCAGUGGACCAACUAUGGGCUCAGGAUAUUUGGUUAUAUACAUCCGUACACUGAAGGAGAGUUUGUGUUUGCCUUGAGCUCCGAUGAUAACUCUGAGUUUUGGCUCAGCACAGAUGACUCCCCCUUGAACUUGCAGUUGCUGGCUUGGGUUGGAAAGAGUGGCAAAGAGUGGACGGCUCCUGGUGAAUUUGAGAAAUAUGCCAGUCAAACCUCCAGACCUGUUUGGCUGUCAGCCCAGAGGAGGUACUUUUUUGAAGUUAUACACAAGCAAAACGACAGAGGGACUGACCAUGUGGAGGUGGCAUGGCAGCUCUUGGACCACGAUGUUAGAUUCAUGGUUAUUGAAUCUCAUCACAUCUCCCUCUAUGUUGAUGAGUCAGCAUUGUUAAUGAGUGACAUCGCACACGUACCACAGACGGCUGCAAGCCACCAACGCACCCCCACAAAACAGCACAGUGUCGCAGCAGACAUGCUGAGGGAGGACCAGCGAGAUGCUCUCUACAAAGUGCCUCUGAUGAACAGCAAGUUUCUACAAGGUGUUCUGCCCGAUUGUUCGUAUAAACCCAGCUACACAAUCAAAGACUUUCCCCUGUCGCGCUACCAAGGACUACAGUUUGUCCACAUGUCCUAUAUCUACCCCAACGACUACACCCGCCUCUCACACAUGGAGACAGAGAACAGCUGCUUCUACCACGAGAGCCCCUACUACAUAAAGAUGUUUGGUUUUUCCAGGUACAUGAGACUAGACCGACCUGAAAAUGAAAACACUGGCAGAGAUUUUGGGUUCCAGGAAAGGAAAUCAGUGCAAGAUGAGGAGAACGAGCUUGACAUCGAAGCCUAUCGGAGAGAAAAGGAAGCCAGGCCGGACCAGAUAGAUAAUGCUCUUUUUCCAGACUACGGUGAUGAUUAUGAUGACUAUGUACAGAAACGCAGACGCAAACUCUUCUCAGUUGUCGUUGAAGAAACUAAUAAGAAACUCAGGAGUUCCUCUAAAACGAGACUGCAGGUGCCAAGGCAUCAGCAAGUGGCACAAAAACAAGCUGAACCUUCACAAAGAAUGCCUACACAGGCCUCGGAUGAUCACCUGCACCUGCAGCAGAACGGGACAGACUUAAGGCUGGAGGCAAAAGUAAGCAAUGUAAAACCCAAAAGGAAGACAAAACAAGUAAAGAAAAAAAAGGUCAAAUUAGUGAAAAAAUCUGUGAGGCAAAGACAGACAUAUGUGACCACAACAGUGGACAAAGAGCAGCUUAAAGCAAAGGAAAGACCUGUCCGAGUCCCAUCAGAUCAACUCCAUCCUAAAAAGCCUCAGAUCCAGAAGACCCGUAAAAUGAACAAUACCCACAUACAAAAAAUAAAAGAUGUUAAACUUCAGUCAGUAAAGAGAGAUGUUCCUUUGCUGGAGAUCCCUAAACUGAAUGAGCAAUGGAAAAAUGAAAUGAAAAAUGGAGCAGUAGAGCUCAGUCCAGCCCCCACCAAGCGCUCCACCACAUUUAAGAGAGACAACCCUUUAGUCAAACCCAAUCAAAGGGACACAGAUAGCAGAAAACACCUCAGGGAUAAGGAGAUAGAGAUGAAUAUGCCUCUACAACAGGAUUUUGAUAAUAACCCCCACAGACCAAAGAUGAUCAUGAGAGGGAAAAGUGACACAAGGCGUUCUGAUACACAAGGAAGAGAGGAUCAGGUGGGCGAGGAGGAUGAGGUUCAGAACAGGAAGGAAGCCAUGGACGGUGAGAGAGACUCCCUGUGGGGACUAGAAGAAGACUUUGAAGGUGCAGAUGAUGAGGACCUCACACCUGCGCCAGUGUUUGAUCCUGAGGUAAACUGGAACCAGACUUUCCAGGUGAGACACCUUGACCUUCAGGCACAGCGAUCGGAUUGGAUCGAUCUGAACUGCAACAUCUCAGGAAACCUGCUCCUCCCAGCCAGCGAAGCUCUAUCCAUGGUCGAGGCUUUCAUGGAGCAACUUAACAUAAAGCACCAUGGACAGUUUACCCUGGUCCGUGUGGUCAAUGUGGUGAAGCGUGUGGACGGGGUCCAGGGCAGCCGCUACCUUCUGGAGCUGGAGCUGAAAGAUGUGAAUGGUCACCUGCUGCGUCUGUCACACUACAUCUAUGCUCUGAUUCGCCGGAGCAGGGAGUACAGAGAUGACUUCAACUUCCAUCAGUCCAAACCUCAGGUGGUGCUGUGCAACCCGGUGGGCUUCCGCUGGAAUCCUACUGCAACCGUCCACUUCAUAGUACCAGUGAAGAAUCAGGCCCGAUGGGUGCAGCAGCUGAUAUAUGACAUGGAGCAGCUGUUCAGUGAAACUGGAGACAUCAACUUCAAUCUCAUCAUUGCUGACUACAACAGCACUGACAUGGAUGUGAGAAGCGCUCUUCAGAAAUCAAAACUCAUAAGGUACCAGUAUGUGAAGCUGAGUGGAAACUUUGAGCGCUCCGCUGGUCUGCAAGCAGGAAUUGACCUUAUAGAUGAUGACCACAGUAUUGUGUUUCUCUGUGACCUCCACAUCUACUUCCCUCCCUCCAUCAUUGAUACCAUCAGGAAGCACUGUAUAGAGGGAUACAUGGCCUUUGCUCCGAUCGUCAUGAGACUGGACUGUGGGUCUACGCCAUCUGAGGCCAGAGGUUACUGGGAGGUCAAUGGCUUUGGCUUGUUGGGAAUCUAUAAAUCAGAUUUGGAUGCAAUAGGAGGAAUGAACACCAAAGAAUUCACAAACCGCUGGGGGGGAGAAGACUGGGAGCUGCUUGACAGGAUUCUCCAGGGAGGGCUGGAGGUGGAGAGGAUCUACUUGAGGAACUUCUUUCACCACUUUCACUCCAAACGUGGCAUGUGGAACCGACAGAUGAUUCCCAGCCCCAGGUGACCAUUUGUCCUGUCACCUCACUAUGAUGAGGGUUGCUGUGGUUCCGACGACCAAGGCCACCAGAGCACUUUAACAGCUUAAACUGCAUUAAGUUGAAGCUAGUUGCUUAGGAGAUACCUCUGAUGUGCUCAGAUGUGCUCAGAGUUUAUUUCACUGGAUGUACUGUUGACUACUGAGAGGGUACUGCUGUGACUACCAUGAUCUUACACACUCAUGUUGCUGCUGUGCACCGUGAUGCCAACUGAAACCCUGAUGAUCUGCACUAUUGGCAGAAAAAAAAUCCUGUCCUGAUGCAAAGAAAGAACAUGAAUUAUAAUGACAGUGCACACUCCAAGGAAACACAUAAACACACAAGUGUCCUAUGGAUCACAAGUCUUGCACAAGAGUCUUAACUGGAGGAAAAAACUUUUUUUAAGGCAAAAGAAAACUCAUUUGUGUAUUUGGUAAAUAAGGCCUUACUUGUUGUGUUGUAAAUUAUAGAAAACUAUAUUUAUUAUAUCAAUGUCUGUAGGAUUUUUUUUUUUUUUUUACCUCUGUGUACGUGUCACAUGCCUUCUGCUGAGUGUUUGCAUUAAUAUGAACUCUGCCUUCUGUCAUGGCCAUUAUUCAGGUACUGGGGCCACAGAGGUCUAUGUCUUAUACUGGAGUCAGGAAAAAGCCAAGAACUGGAAAAAGAAAGAUAUGAUAUUUUUAUGAUUGUAGCAUAUAGUUACAUCAGAGGACAGCUAAUUUAAGAAAUGGUCUUGUUGUCGGUACACAUUGUACCUAAAAUUGAUAUCCACAAUUUUCCAAAUUCUCUAUUUUUUUUACAAGUUACCAAAGAUGCUACUAGUAAGUUAAUUAGAACAGUAUUUUUGCUUUUUCCUAUGAAAACAAGUCGAAAUCUUUUUUUUUUUUUUUUUUUUUGUCUUAUGUAGUAGUUUAUAAAAACCUGCUGAAUUUAGGUGGUAAUUCUCAGAACACGUUUUAAUGAUUAUUCUUUUUUGUCUCUUUAUGAGGCCUCCCAUUCUCACUUUGAGAGUUGUUUUUAUGUGUCAACACAAAUGCUUUUAGAGAAAAAUGUUCUUGUGUAUUAAUGAUUUUUUUUUUUGUUAUUUAAGAAAAGUCGAAUGGCAGCAUAUUCUCAAAGUUCACAUUCCGGUCACACAAGCCUUUCCACCUCUUCAAUACUUUUGUAACUCAAUACCUAUCAAACUGUUUUGUUAUUUAAGAAAAUAAAAUACAAUUCUGAUCUACAGCCAAAUAAUGCUGUUUUGGGGAAGUAAAACCAUCAAGAGUUGUAUGUUUUUCUCUGUUCCAUAUUUGCUUUACAGCAGAAUUUAAGCUAUUGAGAUGCAGUUACCAGUUUGGCAAGGAUGUUUAAUGUCUUUUUGUCCGUUCUAUUUCUGUUCUCUUACUUGUUGUUUUUAGAUAUACCUCAUCCCUCUUCAUGUGCUGGGAAUUAACCUUACUGUGCAAAUCUGGGGUCUCUACACUCAGGGACAUGUUUUCUUUUUCAUUUUACAUGGCUUCAACAAAAUUUGAGGAAUA